AUGUCUGCUAAACCCGCUACUGACGAUGCCAAAGAUGAACUUCUAUCACCAUUUCGCCGGCUAUAUGCAUUGACAAGGACACCUUAUCCUGCGCUCGCAAACGCAGCACUAUUAGCAUCCACUCCGGUGCUAUCCCCAAGCUUUAAAGUGCCUCCAACGCAAUCUCCUGCCCUCUCGAUACCAAUGUCUAGGGUAUUCUCUAAAUCUUCUACUGCCAGAAUCGGUAUAACUACUAAAACCGCCCUUUUCUUUUCUACAAUGCAAGCUAUAGGUGCAUACAUGAUCUAUGACAACGACUUGGAAAAUGGGGCUGGCUUCAUUGCUACAUGGUCCGCCUUAUAUUUGAUUGUAGGGGGCAAGAAGUCCUUUAGUGCGUUAAGAUAUGGAAGAACUUGGCCGUUGGUGCUAUCCUCGGUUUCAUUGGCCAACGCAGUCCUUUAUGGCCAACGGUUCCUUGCUACCGGAUUCCAGUGA